ACGCAUCCUCGAAAUUGACACGGAUGAUGAGGAAAUGCGAUGAGCAUUUUAAAAGAGCUUUAAAGUUAGUUCAGUGCAGAGCCUGUGCUCAAACCGUGCGGAGAGACUUUAACAAUUACGUCAUAGCAUGGAGCUAACCAGAAUACAGGUGUUGGUGUUUUUGUGUGUUUCGUGGGAAUUGUGGGAGCUCGCAAGGACUCUUGACGACAGCACAAUUGUCAUUCCUGAUCCGGCACGCUUGGCACGAGAGAUUAACGCCGCCCAAAAAAGUUGGGUCGCGCGCGAUUUCUACGGACGCCCGGUGACGUAUGGAGACGUGAAGGAGCGGCUUGGGUCGCGUCUGCGGCGGAGGAAAUUUUCAAGAGUAGGUUUUUCGAGAGGAGAUUUGCCAUUUUACGCGACGUCGGAUCACGGUGCCUCUUAUUCGGGCUCAAAGGAGUCUUGCCUCGACAGCAACAUUGAUAAAAUUACCUCGAACGGUUAUCAGGAUAUGUUGCCCACCGUGCCGAGAUCCUUCGACUUGAGGAGAUACUAUCCAGCCUGCGAGUCCCUCAACACCAUCAGGGAGCAGUCCGACUGCGGAUCUUGCUGGGCGGUCUCAUCGGCGAGCGCGCUGUCCGACCGGCUGUGCAUAGCGUCGGGUGGAAAGAUCAACGUGCACAUUUCGGCGGAGAAUCUGGUCACCUGUUGCGCGGCUUGCGGCGAGGGUUGCGACGGUGGCGACCCCAUGGCCACUUGGGAACACUUCAUGAAGGGUGGUGAAAUCACAGGGGGAGACUACGGCUCCGAAAUAGGUUGCAAACCGUACAGUAUUGCACCGGAAGCAGGCACUGAAACGGUUGAUAUUGAUGCUGAAGAGACGCCCCCCUGUGUUGAGGAAUGCACCAAUCCCAACUAUAAGAUCCCAUAUAAAGAGGCACCCAGAUACAAAACAAGAAAUACGUACAUCCUCCCAGAUACGAACUUGACGAUAGCUCAGCUGGACAUCAUGUUAAACGGUCCCAUAGUACCUAGUUUCAUGGUGUACUCAGAUUUUAUGCUUUACAGCUCAGGUGUUUACAGGCAUACAAAAGGACUGAACAUGGGAGGUCACGCUGUAAAACUAAUUGGUUGGGGCCGAGAAAAAGGGGUUGAUUAUUGGUUGGCAGCCAACUCAUGGGGCCGAGAUUGGGGUAUAAAAGGCUUUUUUAAAAUUCGCCGUGGUGCCAAUGAAUGCCUCAUGGAGGAAUACAUGGUAGCGGGUGAACCAGAUGUCAGAGACGUUUCCUCAAUGGACCAAAAAACCUGAUGAUAAAAAUCCUUAGCCUUAAAAUGGCCAAGAUCAAAGUUUCAAAAAUCGAUUGGAAGCAAUUAAAUGAGGAAAAAUAAGUUUUUCUCUUUAAUUUCAGAAGGACUGUGAUAGGGAUGACUUAAAAAAUAAAAUGAAAAAUUCAUCUUCACACACACACACGCACCCUCACAUCAUUCAAAGUUCCUAUGGGGAAGUUAUCAAGGCCAAUGUUUUUAUUUAAUGUUUAAUUACUGUAAAAAUUCGAACGUGCGUCAUCCAUUAUUAUCAAUGGUGUAAAAAUCUUCUGGUUUAGAUAUAAAAUCAUGGUUGAUAUUAGAUCUA